AGAGAAAGGGCAGCAGCCUGCCCAGCCUCACCAUGGCGGACGCCUUCGCAGGCACCUGGAAGCUGGUGGACAGCAAGAAUUUCGAUGACUACAUGAAGUCCAUCGGUGUGGGUUUUGCUACCAGGCAGGUGGCCAGUAUGACCAAGCCUACCACAAUCAUCGAAAUAAAUGGGGACAUGAUCACCCUAAAAACACAAAGCACCUUCAAGAACACAGAGAUCAGCUUCAAGCUGGGGGUGGAGUUUGAUGAGACAACGGCAGAUGACAGGAAGGUCAAGUCCACUGUGACGCUGGAUGGAGGCAAACUUGUCCACGUGCAGAAAUGGGACGGGCAAGAAACAAAACUUGUGCGGGAGCUCGUGGAUGGCAAACUCAUCCUGACGCUCACCCACGGCAAUGUAGUGUGUACACGCACUUACGAGAAGGAGGCAUGACCAGCCCACUGCUUCAGUGACUGCUCCGCUGCCAGCUGGCUACCCCUGGACUCAGCACCAGAUUGCCUCGUCUUUUCCUCUGGCGUUUUGUAUAAAUCCACCUU